AUGAAACGGUCAAGUAGCUUUGGUUCAAGAGAUUUGAAAAGGAUAAAAGAUUCAUUUGGGUCUGAGAAAAACUGUUUGCAAGAUAAAGAAUUGCUUCAUGACAGUACUGAAACGAAAAAGCAAAAUCUACAAUUCACCACGAAGCAAGAUUCAAAGAGAUUCUUAUUAAACGAGAACAGAGAAAUUGAUUCUACUAUUAAAACUUGUCUACACAUACCAUUGCGUGGACCAUUUCCAGCAGUAAAGGACAUCAACGCAGAAAAUGAGGGACUACGUGGAUUUCAUUCGGGUUCUUUUUUACGAACUUGCUUUCGAGUAGGUGAAUUAUUAAAGGUUUAUCGCUCGCGUCCUUCUACCUCUCUAAUUGUUGUCGAAUUUUUUGGUAAAGUUCGCUCGCAUAAGUGUGUUGGAAACAUUAUUCAACUAGAAUUGGAAGACGCUUUUCGAGGUAGUAAGUCUCCAUGCAUCUAUGGUAAACUAUUUUCAAAAGAAUCGAUCGCGUCCUUUUUAUUGGAAAAAGGCUCUUUAUUACGAGUUAUAGGAAACGCUGCCUGCUCUGAGAAACUUCUUAAAAUAAUGCACGUAAGCAGUACGGAUAUGGAUGAACUGAUUGAAACCUACAGCAUGACUUGUUACGAACGAACAUAA